AUGAUUCAAUCUAUGCAUACUGGAAAAUUUUUAAAACUGCAAGGGCAAAAGGCUUGGGACGCUCUUGAAGAAUUUGCUGUAACCGAGAGAGAAAAAGGAAGAUUUCCUAGCCAACCCAUCCCAAAUCCUAAAGGCCAAUAUGAAAUAGGAACUCCUAGUCAUAAAGAAGAAGCUAAGUCUAUCUCAACUCUUAGGUCCGGAAAACAAAUUGUCAAACCCGAUUACACACCUCAAGUUGAAAAAGACCAAAGCCAACCUCAAAGUUCCAACACAAAUGACCUUUCAAAAGAUGAUGCUCAAAUCCUUCCUUCCAUCCCAAAAGCUCCUUUUCCACAAAGAUUAAUUCCACUUAAGAAAGGCAACCAAUAUAGUGACAUCUUAGAAGUUUUCAAACAAGUAAGCAUAAACAUUCCUUUCCUAGAUGCCAUUAAACAAAUUCCUGCCUAUUCUAAAUUCUUAAAAGACCUUUGCACUGUUAAAAGAAACACAAAUGUUCCAAAAAAGGCAUUUUUAACUGAACAAGUUAGCUCCAUAAUUCAACAUAAAAGCCUUGUGAAAUAUAAAGAUCCCGGUUGUCCAACAAUUUCAUGCAUCAUUGGCGAUCAUUUUAUUAACAAAGCUUUACUUGAUUUAGGAGCUAGUGUGAAUUUACUGCCUUAUUCUGUGUAUAAGCAACUUGGUCUAGGAGAAUUAAAACCAACUUCUAUAACACUUCAAUUAGCCGAUCGUUCAGUGAAAAUCCCUAGAGGUAUUGUAGAAGAUGUUUUAAUUAAAGUGGAUAAAUUCUAUUUCCCUGUGGAAUUUAUUGUUCUUGACACUCAACCUGUUGAAAAUGCUCAUGCUCAAAUACCCAUCAUUCUAGGUAGACCAUUUUUAGCUACAUCUAAUGCAAUUAUCAACUGUCGUAAUGAUGUAUUGAAAUUAUCGUUUGGAAACAUGACUGUUGAAUUAAAUGUUUUUAAUGUUGCUAAAUCUGUUGAGUGUGAGGAAGUGCAUGAAGUUAACAUGAUAGAGAAUAUGUGUGAAGAUGAUGGAAGUGACUUACUUGAUUUUUGUGAAAAAUACUUUGGUAUGAACUUGCAUAUUGAUGAUUUUAAUGAUGAUGUAAAUUCUUUGUUAGAGUCUAUACCCUUAAAUGAAACCAAAGUUGAACCAUUUUCACCCUUAGAUCAUGUUCAAUCAAUUUCCGAGUCUCCAAAGUUAGACCUUAAACCUUUGCCAGAAAAUUUAAAAUAUGCUUUUUUAGGAGAGUCUGAAACCUUGCCUGUUAUCAUAGCAUCUGCUUUAGAUAAAGAACAAGAAGGUGAAAUUCCUUCUCAUUGGUCUAAGCAUGACAAAUCUAAAUUUUAUUCUGAAGUAAAAAAUUUCAUGUGGGAUGAUCCUUAUUUGUUUAAAUAUUGUCCUGAUCAAAUAAUAAGGAGAUGCAUUCCAAAUUGUGAGGCAUAUCGAACUGCAUACAAAACACCCAUUGGAAUGUCCCCCUAUAGACUUGUGUAUGGAAAGGCAUGUCACUUACCCGUUGAGCUAGAACAUAGAGCCUAUUGGGCAAUUAAGCAAUUGAAUUUUUUCUUAGACAAAACAGAAUUUCUUUAA